AUGGCUGCCGUCCACCUCCAGUCCGCCGUUGCGUCCGCCUUUCCCGGCAUCCGCUCGCCAUUCCGCGCUGCUGCCAGGCGGCUGCAUUCGGCGUCGUUCGCGGGAUCCAAGACCGCGACGCUCAGCAAAGCCUCAGUGCUGCAGUCGGAGUUCCUGGGCUCUGGAUUCAAUGCUGCUCCUGCUCAACUGAGUGGAACCGCGUUUCUGAGGAGGUCAGCCAGCUCGACCGGUGCUCGCGCGUCUGCUAACGUGGAGCAGCUGCGCGGAGCCAGGGACGAGAUCAAGGAGCUCAUCAAGAGCAAGCACUGCAACCCCAUCCUGAUCCGGCUCGGCUGGCACGACGCGGGCACGUACACCAAGAGCAUCGCCGAGUGGCCCAAGGCGGGCGGCGCCACCGCCAGCAUCCGCUUCAAGCCUGAAAUCGAGCACGGCGCCAAUGCUGGUCUCGCGGGCGCCAUCGCGCUCCUGGAGCCCAUCAAGCAGAAGUAUCCCGCCGUCAGUUACGCCGACCUUUUCCAGCUCGCCAGCGCCAUAGCAGUGGAGGUCCGUCCGCGCUUGCGCAUGCUUAUGCUUUUUGCGGUGCCGCAGAAGGCACCAGGGCAGUCGAGGUCUGUCCAUGCCGGCCCACCAUCCCCUGCUGACCACCUGCGCAAGGUGUUCUACCGCAUGGGCCUUGAUGACAAGGACAUUGUUGCUCUGUCUGGCGCACACACUCUGGGCCGCGCUCGGCCAGACAGGAGCGGGUGGGGCAAGGCAGAGACCAAGUACACGGGCAAGCUGCUUGCACCAGCCACCACUCUCAACUCCCCUCCUCUCCCCUCGGCCCCUCUCACCUGCUCCGCCGCCUCUCUCCCGCCUUCACUCACACACAUCCUCUCCCCUCCCGUCCUCGCCCCAUCCCCCUCUCCCCCUCCUCCCUGCAGAAGGACGGCCCUGGUGCGCCUGGCGGACAUCAAGGAGAAGAAGGAUGCGGAACUGCUGGUGCUGCCGACGGAUGCCGCCCUGUUUGAGGACGCGGGCUUCAAGGUGUUUGCAGAGAAGUAUGCUGCAGACCAGGCGGCCUUCUUUGCUGACUAUGCCCAGUCGCACAAGAAGCUCAGCGAGCUGGGCGCCAAGUUCGACCCCCCUCAGGCGGCCUUCUUUGCCGACUAUGCCCAGUCGCACAAGCAGCUCAGCGAGCUGGGCGCCAAGUUCGACCCCCCCCAGGUGAGGCCUUUUUUCUCCAAUUGA